AUGGAGGCAGACGAGCGGCCGAGCAAGCUGCGAAAGCUAGACUCGCGCGAUGAACCAAACUCAAAAACUGCAUCAGACAAGCCCUUGCUACCGGCCGUGGAAGUGAAUGGUGCCAUUGUCCCAGACACUGACAGUGCAAACCACAGUAAGCCAGCCGAGCACGCUGCUGCUAAUGUCGCAGAUCCUUCAAAGGAAGAUGACGACGCAGACGGGUCCGACGGAAGUGUUGGGCCCGAGCCGACACAACGGAACGGGGAUCCAGAGACAGAGCCGCAGUCCACGAAGCCCAUGUCCAAGAAUCAGCUGAAAAAAAUACGGAAACAGGAAGAGUGGGAAGCAGGCCGCCAAUAUCGCAAAGCGAAGCGAAAGCAGAAGUUGCAAGAGAAACGAGCGAGGAAGCGAGCAGCUAGGGAGGAAGGGGAAGCACAGCAACAGAACGCUUCUGGCGAACAUCACCAUCAAGAACACAAUGGCGGGACACCGGUACCGUCUGCGGCCCCAACUGCAGCGCAGCAGAAUCAGGAUCAGAGCCAGACUUCUCUUUCGAAGCCCAAGCCCCGACGGCCCGUUCAAUUACCAGUGACGAUCCUCAUAGACUGUGGGUUCGACGACCUCAUGUUGGAGAAGGAACGUAUAUCUCUUGGAUCGCAGAUCACGCGCUCCUAUUCGGACAACUCUCGUGCACCGUACCAGGCACACUUGGUGAUCAGCUCGUGGGGUGGCUUGUUGAAGGAACGAUUCGACACGGUGCUGCACAAACACUAUUUGAACUGGAAGGGCGUGACGUUGUUCGAAACUGAUUUUGUCGACGCGGCCCGGCGGGCUGAGGAGGUCAUGAAAGGUCCCAAAGGCGGCAAGUUGGCGGGAUUUUUCGAGAAGUUUGCUGAUGGCCGGGAUGCGCAAGUCAACAUCGAGGCUACAUCGACCAGGGCUUUGAACGAUGCGAAGCAAGCUCCAGAGAAUGCCAAUUCUGCGGCACCAUCAGAACCUAAAACAUCCCAGAAUAAUGACCAAGAGGUAUCAACCUCGAAAGACGUUCCACCGUCGCCAAAACCCGAAUCGGCUCAAAGAGACCAGACUGUUUCGGACUCCGCUCCUGCACCACCGGCCUCGGGCGAAGUAGUCUAUCUGACCUCCGACUCUCCCGACACACUGACCGAGCUGCAUCCUUAUUCGACCUAUAUAGUCGGGGGGCUUGUGGACAAAAACCGCCACAAGGGCAUCUGCUACAAAAUCGCAUGCGAGAGGGGCAUUAAGACCGCAAAACUUCCAAUCGGCGAGUACAUGGAUAUGCAGUCGCGGAAAGUCCUGGCCACGAAUCAUGUAGUAGAGAUCAUGAUUCGAUGGUUAGAAUGUGGUGACUGGGGGGAAGCCUUCAUGAAAGUGAUUCCCAAGAGGAAGGGUGGGAAGUUGAGGGACCACGAGCUGAACGGCGGCAGCGCCGCUGGCGACGAGGACGGCGAAGACGGAGAGGCUGAUGAGCUCGACAACGAGCGCAAUGGGCAGGCGAAUGAGCAGGGUCAGAGCGUGUCUUAA